AGCUUUGGGGGAGAAGCAUAGAGUGGGCAGUGUCUGGAACUACAGCUUCUGCAUUAUUCACGAGGGGAAUCCACAGAGAGGGGAGGGAGGAGGACUAAACAAGAAGAGAGUGGAGCAGCGUGGCGGCGUGUGCCCUCCCAUUUGCUGUGGCUUGGUGGGUUUGAGAUAAUGAGCCUCUAUGUAAGCCACAGAGGAGGAGGGCUGGCCCGGGAAGGGUAAUUCUGCAGCAGUUAGAUGGCAUCUAUCUUUUGACCCUGGAAAAAGGUCUGCUUAGUUUUCUCAGCUGUGGAAGGCCAGAGGUCUUCUUCCUUGGAAACAGUGAGAGACAGUUUUGUGCACCCAACUGAGCAAUUUGGAUGUUUCCUGGAUUUUUGCAGCCAUGAUCAAAACAUCCCAGGCCUUGCAUGAAGGACCUUCUAAUUUCAGAUAAAGGCUAUUCAGUAUUAAAUCAGGACUAAGACAGAAGCAUUUAAAUCAGUAUCCAGAACUAUAGUAUUCAGUAAUUCAAAACACCUUGGUAUACUUCAGCAGUAAAGGCACCACUUUGCCUUCUUGGAGGAAACUGAGGACAUAGAAUCUUAGCCAAAUAUUCAACAUGGUAAUUCAAAGGUAUCUCCUAACCUAUAUGGUCGUGGUGCUCGCUUCAUAUCUUCAUAACCUCAUCAGAGCCAUUGAAGUCCCACGGGAUCCAAGUAUUCAAGAUACAUUGCCUCAGCCUCCUACAAUUACAAAGCAGUCUGCAAAAGAUUAUAUUGUAGAUCCAAGAGAUAAUAUAUUCAUUGAGUGUGAAGCGAAAGGCAACCCCACCCCCACGUUUUCCUGGACACGAAAUGGGAAGUUUUUUAAUGUUGCAAAGGACCCUCGAGUAACCAUGAGGCAUUGGUCAGGUACACUGGUAGUUGAUUUCCGCAGUGGUGGGAGGCCAGAGGAUUAUGAGGGAGAAUAUCAGUGUUUUUCUCGGAAUGACUACGGAACAGCUAUUUCCAACAAAAUAUUCCUCCAUGUUUCAAAAUCUCCUUUGUGGCCAAAGGAAAAUUUGGACAUUCAAGAGGUUCACGAAGGUGCUUCACUUAUCUUGGCAUGCAAUCCUCCACCUGGACUACCACCCCCUGCUAUCUUUUGGAUGAGUAGCUCCAUGGAACCAAUCCAUCAAGACAAGCGUGUUUCUCAAGGGCAGAAUGGUGACUUGUAUUUCUCUAAUGUCAUGAAGCAGGAUGCUCAGACUGACUAUAGCUGCAAUGCUCGCUUUGCUUUCACACAUACCAUCCAGCAGAAAAAUCCUUACACCCUCAGGAUCCUGACCAAGUAUCCCUAUAAUGAAGCGUCCUUUCGAAAUCACACUGACAUGUACAGUGCCCGAGGUAUUGCAGAAAGGCAACCCAGCUUCAUGUACCCUACUGGGACCUCAAGCAGUCAGAUGGUGCUAAGAGGAGAAGACCUCUUGCUGGAAUGCAUUGCCUCAGGAGUUCCAUCACCAGAUAUCAUGUGGCACAAAAAGGGUGGUGAUCUCCCAUCUGGCAGGAUCAAGUUGGAAAACUUUAACAAGGCUCUUCAUAUUGCAAAUAUUUCUGAGGAAGAUUCUGGGGAAUAUUUCUGCUUAGCUUCCAACAAAGUGGGCAUUAGCCGCCAUAGUAUCUCUGUGAAAGUGAAAGCUUCCCCAUAUUGGUUGGAUGAACCAGAGAACCUUAUUUUGGCUCCUGGUGAAGAUGGAAGACUGCUGUGCCGUGCCAAUGGUAACCCCAAACCUUUAAUUCAGUGGCUCGUGAAUGGAGAACUUCUAGAAAGUUCUGCUCCCAAUCCCAGCCGUGAAGUUAAUGGAGACACCGUUAUGUUUCGGGACAUCCAGAGUGGCAGCAGUGCUGUAUAUCAAUGCAACGCUUCUAAUGAACAUGGGUACCUGUUAGCCAAUGCAUUUGUUAGUGUGUUGGAUGUUGUUCCUCGGAUCCUUCUCCCUCGUAACCAACUGAUUAAAGUUAUUCAGAACAAUCGGACGCUUCUUGACUGUCCGUUCUUUGGAUCCCCGAUUCCCACAUUACGAUGGUUUAAGAAUGGCCAGGGAAGUACACUGCAUGGUGGCAACUAUAAAGCACAUGAGAAUGGAACUUUAGAAAUCAUCAGGGCUCGGAAAGAAGACCAGGGAACUUACACCUGUGUGGCUACCAAUCUUUUGGGCAAAGCACAGAACCAGGUUCGUUUGGAAAUAAAAGAUCCCACAAGGAUCAUAGAGGGGCCCAAAGAUGCUAUACCAAAGAAAGGUUCCACAAUUCACUUAGUGUGCCAGACAAGACAUGACGCCACAUUACGGCUUACGGUUACCUGGCUUAAAGACGAUAUUCCUGUCUACUUUGGAAACAGGAUGAAGAAAGAAGAAGAUGGUUUGACUAUACAUGGAGUAUCAGAAAAAGAUCAAGGAUAUUAUACCUGUGUGGCUAGCACUGAACUAGACAAGGAUACUGCCAGAGCCCAUCUCACUGUACUUGCUCCUUCUUCUGUUAACCGUAUGACCCCACCCCCAGCACGUCCGGAACGUCCCCGUGACCUUGAACUAACAGACCUGGCUGAAAGGAGUGUGCGGUUAACUUGGAUUCCUGGUGAUGACAAUAACAGUCCAAUCACAGAUUAUAUUGUGGAAUUUGAGGAGGAUAAAUUCCAACCUGGAACUUGGCAUAACCAUUCCCGUUACCCAGGAAAUGUGAACUCCGCCAUCUUGCGCCUUGCACCAUAUGUCAACUAUCAGUUCCGAGUAAUAGCUGUGAAUGAUGUGGGAAGCAGUUAUCCCAGUCUGCCUUCUGAACGAUACCAUACAAAUGGAGCACGCCCUGAAUUUAACCCUUCAGGAGUUAAAGGAUCAGGAACAGCAAAAAAUAAUAUGGUUAUAUCAUGGAUGCCAUUAAAUGCAACUCAAGUGUAUGGCCCCAAUCUUAAAUACAUCGUGAAGUGGAGAAGAAGGGACACACGGGAGAGUUGGAACAACCGAACUGUAAAGGGUGAUGUCAGUCAGUAUACCGUCGCACCAACCCCCAUCUAUACACCGUAUGAGAUCAAAGUACAAGCUUUAAAUGAUUAUGGGAUUGCCAUGGAGCCAGAGACCGUAAUUGGUUACUCAGGGGAAGAUUAUCCUAAGGCUGCCCCUACUGAUAUUAGGCUCAAAGUUGUAAACAGUACAGCAAUCAGCCUUCAAUGGAGUAAAGUGUACCCAGAAACCAUCCAGGGACAGCUCAAGGAAUAUAGAGCUUAUUACUGGAGAGAAAGUAGUUUGCUGAAGAAUCUAUGGGUCUCUAAGAAAAAGCAGUCUAUGGGUUUUAUUGGAGACCGGACACGGGGCAUAGUGUCCCGGCUGUUUCCUUACAGCAACUACAAAUUGGAAAUGGUUGUAGUCAACGGGAGAGGAGAUGGGCCUCGGAGUGAAAUUCUGGAAUUCACAUCACCUGAAGGAGUACCCAGUGCCCCAAGAUAUUUCCGAAUUCGUCAGCCAAACUUGGAAACCGUCACCUUGGAAUGGGAACAUCCUGAACAUCCCAAUGGCAUUCUUAUUGGAUACACUCUUAGAUACCAAGCCUUUAACGGAUCCAAAACUGGCAGAACAAUGGUAGAGGCCUUCUCUCCUAAUCAGACAAAGUUUUUACUUCAGAGGACGGAUCCUAUCUCACGCUACAGGUUCAAUCUGCGUGGCAGGACACAGAUUGGAGAAGGUGAACCUGCCACCGGGGAAUCUCCAAUUCCACUGAAUGAAGUUCUUCCAACCUCAGAUGUUCCAACUGUGGCCGCAACCACCAUUUCAGAAACUACUGUCCCAACCACCAUUACCGAAGUUGUAACCACCACCACAGAAGUUAUAACCACUGCCACCACAGAAGCUGUAACCACCACCACAGAAGCUGCAACCACUACAGAGCCAGCAAUCAUCACCACACUUGUUGCUAGUACAAUAGCUGGUGUUGGAAAGCUGCCGCCCAUCUGGAAUGUAAAAAUUUCAUCUAACAAUAACUGGGCAAACAUCACCUGGAACCACACAUUUGAUGCUGACACUGAAUUUGUGGUUGAGUAUAGCAACAGUAACAAAACAGUGAAAUCUUCCCCUGCUAAAGGUUUUCUGGAGCUGAGUGAUCUGAUUCCUGGUGAGAAGUAUAUAGUGCGGGUUUUUCUCAAAGGCAAUGAGUCUGUCUUCUCAAGUGAAACCUUUCAUACAAGUCCAGCCUAUACUAAGAAUCAAGGGGACAUUGCAACUCAAGGCUGGUUUAUUGGACUGAUGUGUGCCAUCGCUCUCCUGGUCCUGAUUUUGCUGAUAGUUUGCUUUAUUAAGAGGAGCAGAGGAGGAAAAUAUCCAGUGCGAGCAAAUAAAGAUGUGCCCCUCGAUCCUGAUGAUCAGAAGGUAGAUAAUGGAUCAUUUGAUUACAGUGAUGAAGACAACAAGCCACUGCAAGGCAGUCAGACCUCCUUAGAUGGCACAAUAAAGCAACAAGAAAGUGAUGACAGCUUGGUGGACUAUGGAGAAGGAGGUGAAGGACAGUUCAAUGAAGAUGGCUCCUUUAUUGGCCAGUACACAGUUAAGAAGGACAAAGAGGAGACAGAAGGCAAUGAGAGCUCAGAAGCCACAUCACCAGUAAAUGCUAUCUAUUCCCUGGCAUAACACUAUAUGUUGAAGCAACAGCAGCUAAAUAAAGAAAUAAGUUGGUAUGGGUCAGCAGAGUCACCAUCAACAAGAGAAAGCAAUCAGGGUAGGGCAACGAAGGCCAAACACACAAACCCAACCAGUGCCAUCAUCUCUUUAGCAAACGGCAUAGAUGCACUGACUGCUGAAGUGAUCAUACUGCAGCUGAAAUCUGAGCUAACCCACCAGAGACCAGCUGAAGAGCAGAAUGCAGAGAUUCUGUGCCCCAGGCUUCAGAACUUGGACUGAAAUAAACAUCCCUCUAUACCC